CUCACUGAAAGAUUACCUUCUUUCUCCUUGUUAAUGUCUCGACUAAUGUCUGGACAAUUGACGCGUAGGCAAUUUGAUAGGCCUAAGCAAUCGCUAGGGACACAGACGUUGAUCCAUCCAAUGUGGCGUUACGAGCGAACAAGCUACUAAGCACAGAAAAGAUGAGAGAAAAGCAACAUUGGAUACAUGACCCUGGCUUGUCCAUGUGCAUGGGUCAUAUCCCAAUUUCACCCACACCUUCCUAGCUCAUUGCUCACUGCUCCUUGCAACUUUCAACUCCUCGUCAGUGGACACAUCCCAUGGAGUAUCGAUCUUUGCCCUACCUGUGCACCCCCUCCCCCUUGUCAUCUAGGGCCGCUAAGAGGGGCGUUACGAACCCCUUUGACGAUGAUUGACAGCUGGGACGGAGGUUCGGAUGCGGAGAAGGGAUCAUGACCUAUUCCCAGAGCCAUUGCCAUCAGCCCUCUCUUGCACACCCCCCGUCUUGUUGCCGUGGUCAUGGCUCAGGGUUGACUAUAUCUCGGACGCUUUCCCACACUCUUAACCACUUCCCUCUCCGAUCUUGUCCUUUUUCUUGAGCAAGCAAAGUCGUACAUUGACGCACGACUUCUGUUCGAAUACAUUCGUUUUAUUUUUCAGGACAAUCAUCAUGCUGGGCAAGUUCCUAGUAGCCGCUCUCGCGGUCGUCGGCGGUGUCAACCCCGUCGAGGCUCAGCAGCAGAACAUCUUCGUUACUGGUGUCCCUGUCACUGGUGGAGCUGCUGUUCCUGCUCGAAAGAGCAUCAAUGACAUGCAGAAGGCUGGCGGCCCCGCCUGGGACCUUUACAUGCGAGCCGUCCGCUCCAUGUACGAUGCUAAGGAGACUGACUGGAAGUCUUACUUCCAGGUUGGUGGUAUUCACGGAAAGCCCUUCAUUCAGUGGAACGGUGGUGGUGGUCGAAGCGGCAAUGGCUGGCCCGGAUACUGCCCUCACGGUGAGAGCAUCUUCCUGACAUGGCACCGUCCCUAUGUCCUGCUCUACGAGCAGAUCCUCGUCGAGCAUGCCAAGCGCCUGGCCAACCUCUACCCUUCCAAGUACCGCAAGCAGUACGUUGAUGCAGCCAACAGCCUGCGUGCCGCCUACUGGGAUUGGGCCCUCGAUGGCAUUCCCGCUAUCCUCACCCAGCAGAAUGUCAACGUCAAGGUUCCCAACGGCAGCGGCCUCAAGACCAUCAACAUGAAGAACCCUCUUUACACUUACAACUUCCCCAAGGACGCCCUCAACAACAAGUACGGAUCAUGGGACGACGAGCACCGCGUUCGCAUCUACCACUGCCCCGCUCCCGAUAGCUUCCCUUCAAGUGCCAACAAACUCCUCCGCCAGCGACCUUACAAGCAAUGGGUCUACGAUGUCAUGACCCGACCUACCACCUUCAACCAGUUCGCUUCCACCGGUGCCAACGGUGCUUCUCUCGAGCAGAUUCACAACGCCAUUCACUGGGAUGCUUCUUGCGCCGGUCAGUUCCUCGCCACCGAGUUCUCUGGCUUCGACCCCAUCUUCUGGUUGCACCACGCCAACGUCGACCGUCUCUGGGCUUACUGGCAGGCCAUGCACCCUAGCCAGUCUACCUUCACCGGCUCUUACUCUGGUGGUGCCCGUUACUCUACUCCCCAGGGCACCCGCAUCACUCCCAGCUCUCCUCUCAACCCCUUCUACCGAUCCAGGGGUAACUUCCACACCUCUGACACUGUUAAGAGCAUCAAGGGUUUCGGUUACACCUACGCUGGACUCGAGUACUGGCACAUGUCUGCCAGCCAGCUCUCCAGCUCCGCCAGAACCACCAUCAACCGUCUCUAUGGCAGCGGUUCUUCCCGCCGUCGUGAUGUUGAGGAGCGUGGCCUCAUUGAGGAGCGUGCUGGUGCCAACACCACCCGUUACUUUGCCAACGUCCAGCUCGAUGUCACCGAGGUUGAGCGACCUGCCCAAGUCAACGUCUACGUCUCUGGAAAGCUCGUUGGUGGUCUCGUCGUUAUGCGACAGCCUGCUGAGGGUAUCAUCCACGGUUCUUUCUCCGCUGACCAGGCUGCCGAUGCCCCUCAGCUUCUUGCUGCCUGCUCUCCUACCAAGGUUGCCGAUGCCGUCACCAGCGGCCUCCAGGUUGAGAUUGUCAAGCUCGACGGCUCCAAGAUUGACAUCAGCACUGUCCCCAGCUUGAAGCUCAGCCUCGACGAUGUUGCCUACACCCCUCCUGCCGCUGAGGAUGACCUCCCCGUCUACGGCACUCCUCGCACCCAGCCCGCCAAGGCUGUUGCCCUUACCAACGCCAAGGCCCUCAAGGCUGUCAGCGCUUGUGCCAACAAGCUUCCUUCUUUCAACCCUCCUGUCUAAAUACCCGGCCAUCAUCGGCGUUUCAUUUUAUCAUAUCUGCCGUCGGCGGGCUAGCAUACUCGACCGCGGCUCAUAAAGGGACCACUAGCAAACCGCACAAAUUCUUUUAAGUAAUUUUAAUCCCUGGCAGACUCGGGGAGUCACGAUUGUAUUUUUUCGCCAGACUAGGUCUAUAGUUGCCAUAUAGCGGCCCCUUUGUCUUGUACAUCUUGAAUUCGUUCCAUAUGCGUGAUGUGAUGUUACGAUAUCUGUUAAGAACAAACCUAACUAGUGUAUUAGGAGGUCUGAAGUUCUUAACAUAAAGAAAUCCUCUCCAAGCUACAUCACUGAAUAACAAAUCGUAC